AUGGAGGAUGCAAGGGCAGCAAGCGGCUCGGCGGUAGGCUGGCUCAGUGGCCGUCGCCAUCAUCGUCGACCUCGAGGAGCCGGAGUACGUGGAGGAGGCAGAGGCAGCAAACGAAGAGCUUCUGGAGGGAGGACCAGUCGCCGCAAGCUACUGUACCUGCGGACCAGAUUGGUGUUUGUUUUCGACAGCGGAACUCUGGCGCUCAAGCGCCGCACUGUGAUCGCUCGCCGGAGACAGCGUGAGAAUUCUCAGGCUAAGCUCCACAAGACCGCCGAGAAAUUGCUUCUCAAUCAUUUUGAUACGUUUGAUCCAAUUCGAGCCAUGGAACAGAAGAAUAACUCUGUUCUGCAUGGAAGAGUGAUAAGGGUCAUGUGGUCUCAUCGUGAUCCUGAUGCCAGGAGAAGUGGAAUUGGGAAUGUGUUUGUCAAGAACUUGAGCGAAGGGAUUGAUAAUGUAGGGCUCCACGACAUGUUUAGGAAAUUUGGAAAUGUUUUGUCUUGCAAAGUUGCCGUGUUUGAGGAUGGGAAGAGUAAAGGCUAUGGCUUUGUUCAGUUUGAGUCUGAGGAAUCAGCAAUUGCUGCUAUUGACAAGCUAAAUGGCUCUACAGUCGGAGACAAACAAUUGUAUGUCGCUAAGUUUGUUAGAAAGAGUGAUCGAGUUUUGCCCAAUCCUGAUGUGAAAUAUACAAAUUUGUAUGUGAAGAAUUUGGAUCCAAAUGUCAGGGAAGAGCUUCUGGAAGAAAAGUUCUCCGAGUUCGGGAAAAUUAUAAGCUUUGCAAUAGCAAGGGAUGAAAAUGGAAUUUCUAGAGGUUUUGGCUUUGUGAACUUUGAGAGCCCGGAUGAUGCUAGAAAAGCAUUGGAAUCUCUGAAUGGAACUCAACUUGGUUCCAAGGUUCUGUAUGUAGCGAGAGCACAGAAGAAGGCAGAGCGUGAACACAUUUUGCGUCGUCAGUUUGAGGAAAAACGGAAGGAGCAAAUGUUAAAAUUCAAGGGAUCAAACGUGUAUGUGAAGAACAUUGAUGAUGAUGUCACUGAUGAAGAGCUCAUAGACCACUUCAGUCAAUGUGGCACGAUUACUUCUGCAAAAAUUAUGAGAGAUGAGAAAGGAAUAAGCAAGGGCUUUGGUUUUGUUUGCUUCUCUACCCCCGAGGAGGGCAAUAAAGCUGUGAUUACAUUUCAUGGAUAUAUGUUUCAUCGGAAGCCAUUGUAUGUCGCUAUUGCUCAAAGGAAAGAAGAAAGACAAGCACAGCUGCAACUUCAGUAUGCACAGCGUAUGGCAGGAUUUGCUGGUCCUUCAACAGCUGUCAUCCCUGGUGGAUACCCUCCUAUCUACUAUCAGGCUCCAUCUGGUGUUGUUCCACCAGUGCCUCCUCGACCAGGGAUGAUGUAUCAGCCUUUGGGAUUGAGGCCAGGAUGGAGACCUAAUGGCUUUGCACCUACCUCUGGACCAGGUUAUCAACCACCACCUGUUCCUGUUAUGUCCAAUACUCCAAGGCAGCAUAGGCAAAACAGGGGCAGAAUAAAUGGCCAUAUGCUUCCUCAGGGAGGUCCAUUUAUUCCACAUUUGCAACAGUCAACUCACUCCUCGAAGGAGUCAAACAAUCAGCAGCGUUCGGGGCAGCCUAAGUAUGUUCCUAAUGGGCGUCAACGUGACAUGAAUAAAGGAUCAGGAGUCUCAUCUACUGCUUCCAAUUCUGUUGGAGGUGGGUCUCAGGGACCAGAGAUGCUGAGUAGUAUGCUUGCUGCUGCUUCUCCUGAGCAGCAGAAACAGAUACUCGGCGAGCGUCUCUUCCCACUAGUUCAUAAACACAAGCCGGAUCUUGCUUCAAAAAUUACCGGGAUGCUGCUGGAGAUGGACAACUCAGAACUGCUGCUUUUGUUGGAGUCUCCUGAGAGUUUGGCUGCCAAAGUGGGAGAAGCUGUUCAGGUCCUCAAGAUCUCCAAGACUAAAGUAUCUAGCAAAGAUUCCCUUCAUUCUAGUUACCUUUCUGCUGAGGUUGCAGUCAAUUGAAAGGGCAUCUACAGUUGUGUGCGGUUAGAGGUUUUGUCGCAGCUCAAGCUCAGGGAAAAUGAAUUUUUGAUACUUAAUUGGCACCUUCUCUAUCUUUUUUAGUAUUUUUCUUGCUUAAUAGAACAGUAACGUCUCUAGUCAAUCUCGUAUCUUAGUAGCAAUGAUAGAGGUGAUAAAUAGAGGAUUUUGGAACCAUAUGUUUUCUUAAUUUUGGGAUUUUGAACUUAAUGGAUUUAAUAUUGGCAGAC